GGAAGGAAUGGACAAAUGGUUAAAUUAAUGGAUAAGCGCUCUGCAUAUUUGAUAGGAAUUGAUGGCGAUCAUGUAGUGCAAAGGAAUAACCGCUGUGCAUAUAGCCCGACAUACAUUAUCUGCAUAUAAGUCUGUAAUAGAUGCGAGAGGACACUAGGGGAGUAAUGAGUAGGUGACUGUCAGUUACAUCGGAGUUCCGUGUGAUCUACGAACGCUACAACGUACAAUUAUCAUGUCACGCUCCAUGCUGUUGCUAAUCCUGCUGGGUAUAUUAUUGCUCAAUUGUCAAGAGAUACUUGGUAGAAGAGGACGAGGAAGAAGCAGGAGCAAGUCCCGUGUGCAAAUCGGAUUGCCCAUUACCGGAAAGUAUCGCGAUCCGGAAAGCGAUCAGUAUUACAACAAUAAUAACGGAGCCAAGAUACUUCUAGCGUCGCAUUUCGAUCUAGAGUACGUCCUGGGACACAAAAUAGCUUUCCUCUGCGUUGCUCGUGGCAAUCCACGUCCGCAUGUUACGUGGUUCAAGGAUGGCGCCGAGAUUUACACGCAUCACUAUCUACAUAUACACGAGUGGCAAGUCGGUCCUGACAAAGUGAAAUCGAAACUCGAGAUCGAUCCUGCUACUCAAAUGGAUGCGGGGGUCUACGAGUGCACGGCGGAUAAUAUGUACAGCAUCGAUCGAAGGUCUUUCAAGACUGACUUCUCCAUCGCUUUCGAUUAGUGCGAGUGUAUGGCAGAUCGCAAACAAACACGUACAAUUAGAUAAGAAAACAUAUAAAGCCCAGGUAACACGUAAACUUUUUACGAUAGACCCUAAAAAAAAAAAAAAAAGAUUUAGAA